AUGGACGAGCAAUAUAAUGACCGAGAAAGUGAUGCCAGAACACUCACAGACGAAGAAGAUGUACGGAUGAAUCUGAACCAAAUAAACGAAGAAACUAUCACAGAAUUAACCAAACAGAUGCAAGAGCUGGCAGCUAAUUACGCUAAGCUCACCACAACAAUGAUGUCCCAAGCUGGACCUAGAAUGAGAAACAGAGUAGAUAUCCAUGAUGUAACUUGCUUUAAGUGCGGAAAGAAAGAUGACGUUAUAGACCCUGAUGAAGAAUUGAUGAAACAAUUACAAUACGAGGAAGAACAGAUAGAAGAUACAAAGGGGUAUUUCACUAACGAAGAAACAUUGAACAACAUAGAUAAAGAAGUACCGGGCCUGGCCGUAUAUCUAGUACAGGUAGAGGAACUACCUAUAACGACAGAAGAAUCAGAGAUUACCUUGAAGGAACAAUUCGACAAGUAG